AGCUAAUUUACAGGCGUUGUGUAGGAACCAUUCAUCGUUCAGUUUGCAACAAAAUUUGACCAAAAUGGCUGUGGAAUCGAGAGUAACACAGGAAGAAAUUAAAAAAGAGCCAGAGAAGCCGGUGGACAGAGAAAAGACAUGCCCCCUUUUAUUGAGAGUGUUCACCACUAACAACGGCAGGCAUCAUCGCAUGGACGAGUUCGCCCGCGGAAAUGUACCAUCCAGCGAGCUUCAGAUUUACACCUGGAUGGAUGCAACUUUGAAAGAACUGACAAGUUUGGUGAAAGAGGUCUAUCCAGAAGCGAGAAAGAAAGGCACACAUUUUGGGUUCGCCAUUGUUUAUCCAGACCCUAAACGACAAAUCUACAGGGUCAAAGAGAUCGGCAAUACAGUUUCAGGACGCAAAGGUGCAGAUGAUUCCAUGACGCUUCAGUCUCAACGUUUUCAAAUUGGAGAUUACCUUGACAUCGCCAUUACUCCGCCUAACCGUGCACCCCCACUUCAAGGACGUAUGAGACCCUACUAAGACACAUGACCUUCAUUCAAACACACACAGGGUGUUGGUCAGUCAGAGCUACUAAAUUCUGUUGCUGGAAAUCUGCAUUUCUGCCUAGUACAGUUAUUUUCUUUUCACAUAAGCCUGUAAUGAACAUCUUGCUUGCCAUGUUUUAUUGUUUGUAAAGUUACAACUAAACUUUGCAGAAAUAUAAAUCUCUAGUGGCAGGAUUGAGUACCUCUAAACUGAAGUGAAUAUUUGGGGGUUGGAAGUUGUGUAGAUAUAUUGUUUUCCCACAUAUUUUGUUCUUUAUGAGGUUUUAUACCAGAUCUAUGUUUUUAGAUGUAGUCCUGUUGCCAUGACCUCCAUUAAAAGCUUUUUCCAGUA